UGAAGGUGUACAGAACGUACACGGACAUUUAAUCUGAAUGUUGCUCUUUAAAGCGUUAAACAGGAUAGCGUAGAACUACCACUGGCGCAAAAACAACGCAAUAUAUUUAUUUUAUUUGUCUAGUUUAGCUCUUUAUUUGUUUUUUUGGUUUGAAUGGAAGCAGUCAAGUCUGGAGUUCAGGACUAAGCUAAGAGGAAUACACUAACCUGUCACUAUCCUGUUAACGCAACACCAGCAUAGACAUGGCACCAGGAUAGAGAAUAUGCCUUUCAGUGUUUUCCUGUUACUUGGUGUGGCGUUGUGUAGCCAGGGGGUUGCCUCAGGCUCCCACAGCCUCAGAAACAAGCCUGGUGUCGGACUAGCUGGGCAGCUCUCAAAUACCACGAUGUCUGAAAGCAGCAGCGAUGAGUGUGACCUUGUGAUGAACCACAGUGCUGCAAACCGCUGUGCAUUUGUGAAGGAUACACCAGACUGUGGCAUGGAAGAUGGCUUCAUCAACUACCUUGAUGUGGCUUUUUGCCUACUACCUCCCAACCUCACACCUCUCACCAUCACUCUCUGCGUUUUAUGGCUGCUUGUCUUAUUUGUUAUACUUGGACUUACUGCAUCAAAGUUUUUCUGUCCCAACCUGUCAGCCAUCUCCUCCAGCCUUCACCUCACUCACAACGUGGCCGGCGUGACAUUACUGGCUCUGGGUAAUGGCGCUCCUGACAUCUUCAGUGCCAUAGCAGCGUUUUCCCAUCCACACACCGCUGGGCUGGCUGUUGGAGCCUUGUUUGGAGCUGGUAUAUUUGUUACUACAGUAGUGGCGGGCAGCGUAGCUAUGGUCAAACCUUUUGCUGUGGCUUCCCGCCCGUUUCUACGAGACAUCAUCUUCUACAUGGUUGCAGUGUUUUGGACUUUCCUCGUGCUGUACAGAGGAACCACAACGCUGGGAGAAAUAUUGGGGUACCUGGGGCUCUAUGCGGUGUAUGUUCUGACUGUUAUCAUCAGUGCAUACAUCUACAGUCGGCAAAAGAAUUUAAUGAACACAAGUGUCCAAAAUGUUCCACAUAUACCAGCAGAGUUUCAUUCAUCUGACUCCUCCGAUGAUGAUGUUCCCUACUUAGCAAGUGGGACAAUUCAGCAGGAGUACGAGUCAGAGUACAGGCCACUUCUGCCUUACUCUGAGUCCACAAGUCAAAUCCUGCUGAGCUCUUUGAAUCCAGUGGACAGCAGGCAGUGGAGGAGGAAAUCAUGGACCUGGAGAGUCCUUAAAGUCCUCAAAACACCUUUGGAGGUGCUGCUGCUGUUGUGUAUUCCUGUAGUCGACCCUGACAAAGAAGACAAAAACUGGAGGCGGCCAUUAAACUGCUUCCAUCUAAUCACUGCUCCGCUGGUGUGUGUGCUCGCCUUCCAGUCUGGAAAAUAUGGAGAGUAUAUGAUCCAGGGGCAGUUUCCUCUCUGGCUGCUGACUCUUCUGCUGGGACUAUUCUUGGCUGCUAUCGUUUUUUGCACAACCACCAAUGACUCUCCUCCCAAAUAUCAUGCACUAUUUGCACUUUUGGGCUUUGUGGUGAGUGCAGUGUUGAUCAGUGCAGCAGCUUCAGAAGUGGUUAGUCUUCUGCACAUGCUCGGGGUGGUGCUGAGUCUUAGCAACACUGUGCUGGGGUUAACGCUUCUGGCCUGGGGCAACAGCAUUGGAGACUGCUUUUCUGACAUCACCAUCGCUCGACAGGGUUACCCUCGGAUGGCUAUAUCUGCAUGCUUUGGCGGAAUCAUAUUCAACAUGCUGAUUGGAGUGGGUUUGGGAUGCUUGGUUCAGAUGGUUAAAACAAAAGCUGAUGUGCAGUUUGAUUCAGUGGGGCUGUUGACGUGGAUUCUUGCAGGAUCUCUUGGUUUGUCUUUGGUCCUGUCUUUUAUCAUUGUUCCACUGCGGCAGUUCCACUUGGGUCGAAGCUACGGGAUCUUUCUCCUCGUCUUUUACGCCAUAUUUCUUAUCAUUGCACUUCUCACGGAGUUCGGCAAGAUCCAUACCUGACCUGACAGCAGAUCUGCAACCAGUCUUAGGAGGUUUACCACACUCUUAUGCAAAAAAUGGAAUGAUGUCAGCAACAGUGGCUGCAAUGAAAUGAAAAAUAUUUAUCCCAGAAUGAAAAUGCAAAUGAGUGCAGAUUAAUUAUAUCUUUUGCAUAAUUAAUGCACUAAACAUCAAUCAGGAGUACACUUUGUUUCACAUGCUUGCUAUCAUGGAUAGUUUGUGAAAGCAAGCAGCAAACCAACAAGAAGCUAAGACUUAUCUGCUCAGGGACUAAUUGCACUGUGCCUUUUUUCAGCUUCUUAUUUCUGUCACUGGAGCUGACUUUUGUGUCCAGAGAGACACUAAAUGCUGUAAUUUAAACCAUUGUAAAUGUACUGUAAGUCAAAACAUUAAUGACCUUAAAGCUGCUUUUGGGUAAUUAAAAAAAUAUAUACAG